AUGGAGAAGGAAAAUUUGUCCGUGGUGCUGCACUCUCAAGGGGACCUCAGACUGGAGAAGCGCCCGGUCCCGGAGCCUGGUCCUAAUGAGGUUUUGCUCCAGAUGCACUCAGUUGGAAUCUGUGGGUCGGACGUCCACUACUGGCAGCACGGCAGCAUUGGGGACUAUGUGCUGACGAAACCAAUGGUGCUGGGGCAUGAAGCAUCGGGACGGGUGGUCAAGGUCGGCUCGGCAGUCAAACACCUUCAAGUUGGUGACCGUGUAGCCAUUGAGCCAGGUGUUCCCCGAGAGAUGGAUGAGUUUUUCAAAAAUGGACGCUACAAUCUCUCUCCAACUAUCUUCUUUUGUGCCACGCCACCAGAUGAUGGAAACUUGUGCAGAUACUACACACACAAUGCCAACUUCUGUUACAAAUUGCCCGACAACGUAACAUUUGAGGAGGGUGCCCUGAUUGAACCUCUGUCGGUGGGAAUCCAUGCCUGUCGUCGGGCCGAUGUGGCCCUGGGAAGCACUGUGCUCAUCUGUGGUGCAGGGCCUAUUGGGUUGGUCUGUCUACUUGUGGCAAAGGCAAUGGGAGCGGCGCACAUUGUCAUCACAGAUCUGUUCCCUGAGCGCCUGGCAAUGGCCAAGGAGUUAGGUGCAGACUUCCAACUGACUGUAAAGCGAGGGGAUGCACCUCAGCAGUUGGCUAAGAAAGUGCAGGACAUGCUGGGGGCUCAGCCUCACAUCACUAUUGAAUGUAGUGGUGUUGAGAGCAGCAUCCAAACUGCUAUCUAUGCGACCCGCUCAGGAGGCGUGGUGGUCCUCGUGGGUCUUGGAUCAGAAAUGGCUACCGUUCCGCUGAUCAACGCAGCCGUCAGAGAAGUUGACAUCAGAGGAGUCUUUCGCUACUGCAACACGUGGCCCAUGGCCAUCGCCAUGUUAGCAUCGGGAAAAGUGAAUGUAAAGCCUCUGGUGACUCACCGCUUUCCACUGGAGCAGGCGGCCCAAGCAUUUGAGACCACACGUCAAGGUCUUGGGAUAAAGGUCAUGUUGAAGUGUGACCAAAAUGACCAGAAUCCCUAA